AUGGAUGUGUUUAAGUGGACCAUUUACUGGCUCCUGAUAAUAUACCAUACAGAGGGACAAGUGGCUCCGAAUCAGAAACCACACAUCUUUUUCAUUGCGGUUGAUGAUAUGGGUAAUAACGAUAUUGGUUACAACAACAAUGAGGUCCUGACCCCAAACCUUGACAGCCUAGCGGAGGCUGGGGUGAUACUGGACGCUAACUACGUCUAUCCCGUUUGUACGCCUUCGAGAUCUGCUUUCAUGACAGGAAGAUAUGCUCAUAAAACAGGAUUCCAGCAUGAGGUUGUUGCAAACAGUCAGCCUGCUUAUAUAGAGAGUAAAUACAAGACAGUUGCAGAAAAACUCACGACCAAUUAUGGAUACGCUGCUCACAUGAUAGGAAAAUGGCACCUAGGAUUUUGUAAGGAAGCGGUGACACCAACCUUUCGAGGGUUUAACUCUUUCUAUGGGUAUUAUGGCGGCGGAGAAAACUACUACACUUACACAGCAGGAGGAUACAAAGACUUCCAUGACAAUCUAACAGCAACAACACCAGAAAACCCUAACUAUCCUCAAGAGGAUGAAGACGGGUAUUCAACGUUUGAAUACGCAAAAAGAGCCAUCAGCAUCGUGCAAAACCACAACAGCUCCCAGCCCCUGUUCUUGUACCUGGCGUUCCAAGCACCACAUACUCCUCUUCUGGCACCCCAGGCUCUAAAGGACAAAUACCCUGGUACCUGGACGUACACAGACGAAGGUGGAUCGACGGUCACUACAGAUAGAUCUACAUUUUACGCUAUGGUGACUGCGAUAGACCAGGCUGUUGGCGACCUCCACACCGAGCUGGAAAAAUUAGGACUCCUUGAAAACGCCAUCAUCGUGUUUACCUCCGACAAUGGCGGACUGCCUAAAGAAGGAGGAUUCAAUAACCCCUACAAGGGGACCAAGGGCACCUACUUCGAGGGUGGAAUUCGUGUUCCGGGAUUUGUGUAUAGCAAAAACUUACUUACCGUGUCCGGCUACAGAAACCAAGAAAUGCUUCACGCAAGCGAUUGGUUACCUACCUUCAUCAGUCUGGCUGGAGGAAGCGCAGAUUUGGCGUCAGACAGUGAUUUAGUGGAUAUUGAUGGUGUGGAUCAGACUCAGAUGUUACUUAACAAUGGAGUAUCAGCAAGGUCUAAAAUUAUUAUCAACAUCGACGACCUGAAAACUAGAUCAGCAAUCUUUGGUAUCAUUAAACAAUAUGGCACAGACGUUUGGAAAUACGUUCAAGGAGACAUUGGAACAAGAGAUAUGGUCUACACUGCGACAAAAGUCAGCAAAAAGAGGAAUUUUCUACAGCGGCUAAUGGACUCACUGAGGCGGAAAUUGCCCAAAAGAACAAAUCGGGCGAUCACGGACAGAUACCUGUUUAAAAUAUCUGACGAUGUCACCGAAGAUGUCAACCUGUACGGUGACUCAUCCUCCGAAAUUCAAAAUAUCCUAGCAGACUUACAACAAGAAGUAAGAGCUGAGAAGCGGAUUGCGGUGGACCCAAUAAAUCCGUACGAAUGUAGCAACGCUAACAACAAGGUCGACGGAUUCUGGACCGCAGGGGCGGGGGAUGGAUGGUGUGGUUGUACGUAAUA